CAUCCUCUAUAAAUGAGGAUACGUAGACUCAUCUUUCUCAUUAUCAAGUCACUUGCCAAGAUCCAAGAGCAAUCAGCUAGCUAGGGCAAACUUAACUACUACGAGUAAGAGGGGUGCUAGCAGGAUGCCCAAAGAACCAAGGCGCAGCAACAAUCAGCGCCUCCUGCCUAUACCAACAGUAGGUUCUGCUAGGCGACAGCCUCCAAUCAUGCAGGAACAUACUACCAAGAAAGGCCCAACUCCUGAGAACAAUUCAGCAGGGGUGAAUGCUCCCAUGUUGGGUGGAGUUGGCCAUCUCGGUAACCCCCAAUCCCGAGUUCAUCCUACCAUUAUAGCUUCAACACAUCAAAAUGACAAAACUGGGAUGAACUACCUAUCAAGGGGUGGAGUGGGCAAUCCUAUCAGCCAGCAGGAGAAGUCUACCAGGAUUGUCUCAAACAAUGAAAACAAUAUAGGGGUGAAUUAUCUAUCAAGGGGUGGAGUGGGAAAUCCUAUCAACACACAGGAUAAUUCUACCAGGAUGGUUUCAAACUAUGAAAACAAUACAAGCAUGGGGCUCAAUGUUCCAUCAUUGGGUGUUAUUAUCCGUCCUCAAACCCCACAAGGUCAUGGUGCCAAUGUAGUCUCAACUCCUGAGAACAACACAACAACCGAUGCACCAGUCGUUGGAACAGCAAACAUAGCUAUCCGUAUGGCCCGUGAAAAUCAUGUUGCCGAGAUACAACCUCCAAUUGUCAAUGCGCUAAUGUCCUCUGGGUAGCCAUGAAGAGUGACUCAAGUUCAAUGAAGAAAGACGCGUGCAGGUGCCUUUUGUUGGCCCUACAUGAAGUACAAAUAAACGCAUAUAUGUGUCACGCAUGAAUAAUAUACUCAUAUGUAUCAACUGCUCACAAGCAUGUGCAUAGUGAGCGUCAUUUGUCUGUAAUUUAUACAUUCGUGGUUACUUCAUAAAUGUUCAACGUGAAGUUGCAAAAUAUUCACCAUGUAUUACAAAGACAUACAUCAUGUACU